UUAUAUUCAGUGAUUUUGAAAGUGUUCUUGAACCAACAACUGAAAAAAAUCGAAUACAAAAGCACGUGCCGUGUGGGUACGCAUACAAGGUCGUAAGUAUCCUGGAUAAAUACACAAAACCCCUAAAAGUCUACACGGGUAAAGAUGCGUCAGAACAUUUUAUAGAAAGCAUUUUAGAGGAAUAUGAAGAAAUAAUGGACAUUUUUAAUAAUCCCGUUGACGUUGUGCUCACACCUGAGGCAAGAUGGGAAAUUGCUAAUUCUACACAUUGUUACCUGUGUGGCGAAGAGUUAGAUUAUAGUAGGCACGUUGACCACUGUCACCUUACGGGAAAGUUUAGGGGAGUUUGUCAUGGUUACUGUAAUUUAAAUUUCAAACUGGAAAAAGAAGUGAUAUGUGUGCUUCAUAACAGCGAACGGUAUGACACGCAUUUAAUUCUACAAGCAUCCACUAAGUUUGCAGAUAGAAAACUCAGCUGCAUUCCGCAUAAUACCGAACAGUUUCUGUCGUUCUCCAUUGACAAUUUAAUCUUCGUUGACUCUUUUAAAUUUCUCACAGCAUCUCUCGAUUCGCUGACAAAAAAUCUUAUGAGCAAAGGAAAGCACUGCUUUGUACAUUUAAAAAAACAUUUUCCUGACCACGUUGACAUGCUAACCCGUAAACUUCCUUUCUGCUAUGAGUACAUAGAUUCAUUCGAAAAAUUAAAUGACACACAGUUACCCAAGCACAAAGACUUUUAUUCACAGCUUUCAGAAAGUAACAUUUCUGACGAAGAAUACACCUUUGCAAAAAAACUUUGGGAGGAAUUUCAUAUCAAAACACUAGAGGAAUUCAUGCGACUUUACGUUUCUGUCGAUGUUCUCUUAUUGUGUGACGUCAUGGAAUCAUUUAGAGACAUGUGCAUUAAAAGUUACGAAUUAGAUCCGUUACAUUAUAAAAGUCUGCCGGGUUUUGCUUUAGAUGCUGCUUUAAAAAUGACUGAUGUUGAACUUGACCUAUUCACGGAACCGGAUAUGUACGGCUUCAUCGAGAAAGGUUUGCGGGGUGGAGUGUCGAUGAUUUCGCACAGAUAUUCCAAAGCAAAUAAUAAAUAUAUGAGUGAUUUUGACUCACAAAAAGACACGUGCUACCUAAUGUACUUCGAUGUUAAUUCACUGUAUGCUACCACUAUGUUAGAACCACUUGCCCUCUGUGACUACGAGUUUAUCUCAACCGAAGAGUUUAAUGAUAUCGAUUGGACGGUUUUAGACACUGAGGGUGAGCUUGGGUACAUUUUAGAAGUCGACCUGCAAUAUCCAAGAGAACUUCACGCAAAACACGCCUCUUUUCCUCUUGCACCUGUUCACGAUAAUAUACCCGCUGUUGAGUUUUCACCAUACUGUAAACAGUUACUUGAACAAUUUGAUCUAAAUUUAAACAAACCAUCAGGCAAAAAAUUGUUUUGUACUUUAAAAGAUAAAAACAACUACGUCAUUCACUUUGCAACUCUAAAGUUAUAUUUAAAACUCGGUUUGGAGUUGAAAUGCAUUCACAAAGUUUUAAAAUUCAAACAAUCAAAGUGGAUGAAACCUUUUGUAACACAGAACAUAGAAAAACGCAAGCACGCUAAAGACAAAUGCUCACAAGAUUUGUACAAAGCAAUGUCAAAUGUGUGUUACGGGAAAUUCAUAGAGUCAGUUAGAAAAUACAAACAAGUUGAACUGAUCGCCCAACGAGAACGAUUACGACGAUACACUGCAAAAUCUAAUUUCAAACACGUAAAUAUUUUUUCGGAAGACUUAGUGGCGGUCGAACUGCAAAGAACAACGGUUACCUUAAACAAACCCAUUGCAGUAGGAUUUUGUAUUUUAGAACACGCUAAACGUCACAUUCUGUCUUUUUAUUAUGAAACCAUGGUGAAACAGUACAACGAUCACGUGCGACUACUCAUGACUGACACCGACAGUUUGUUCAUGGAAAUCAGACACGCUCCGAAUGAACAUUUGAUAGAUCCAUAUGAAUUCAUGCAACAAAACAGUCACUUGUUUGACACGUCCAAUUUUCAGCCAGACCAUGUAUUAUUUUCUAUGAAAAGUCACAAGGUUACAGGACUGAUGAAAGACGAAGCUGGAGGUGCUGUCAUUGAUGAGUUCGUGGGACUUAGAGCUAAAAAUUACAGUUUUACUAUCAUUGAUAAAAAUACAAAUUCCAAAAUAGAACACAAAAAGGCAAAGGGUAUCAAACGGGGCUUCGUUAAAAAGUCACUGCGUCACGAACUGUUUAAGCAAUGUCUGUUUCAGAAAAAAACAUUCUCUGCCACAUUUAACUUGAUACGCUCAUUUAACAAUACCCUGUACACGAUCAAAAACACGAAAGUAGCCUUAAUACCUUUAGAUAAUAAACGGUACAUUUUAGAGGAUGGCAUUACCUCUGUACCAUAUGGUUAUCAAGCAUUUUAAAAUGAACAAGAUCACACUUAUUGUUAACAUUGUUCACGCUGAAUGAAAAGAAGAAAAGAAACAUACGAGAAUGGAAUCCCAGUUUUACUAUUUUCAAGUACAAGAGAGAAGGACUGGAAGAGUUCUUUACAAGGACCGCACCCUAUUCAAAAGUCGUAGACGAUGCCUGCGACGUGCAACUCGACACAACUUGGCACAAUACAGCACCGACCAUAGAGCAGUGCGCAUAAGACUAAUUAUGUGUUCAGUGAAUGUUGCUGUUGGUGAACGCAACAAUUCGUGGAGAACACCCUUUGAAAUGGUUCUUAUCUCGUUUUACUUAAGUGUGUUGCAUGCAACAAUAAAUAAAAUGACAAAAGACAAUUGUGAAGGGUGUGCAAUUGAUCAUCCUUCUCAAAUUCAACACAGUUGUUUAAUGUUUACACCAAAUGAAUCCAUUGAUUCAUAUUUUGAGAGAGCCCUGCAAUCGUUGCCACACGAGGCAAUAGUGCAAGACGCAGAACGUUUUAUCCGUAGACACGGUGAACCAUGUCAUUCUAUUCACAUCCUACCCUAUACCAGUGUAGAGUGGUUACAAGAGAACUUUCUCAGUGAACAUCGUCGUAAUGUGCUGGAGAUGAUGUUACGUGUGCAGAUGGCUGAAUGACAUUUGUUAAUGAUAUAUCUACACUACAAAUAAUUAUAAACUAUACUAUAGAAGGAAACCUUUAUUACAUUAAAAGUAUUGUUAUUCUUACAUUUAAUAGCUUUCUAAUGUCUUUAAUUUCUUUACACCAGGAGUGCCCUCAUUAGCUUUCCUCUUCAAAUAAAACUGUUUAUUCUUGUUUAUUUCAGUCUGUGUUUGUUUUCUUUUUUUACCACUUCCUUUCUGUGUAAUCACCAAUAGUUUUGGAUAAACAUUCAACUCCUUCAGUCUUUUAAUGAAAUAGUCAUAGCUCACGGGUUGUUUUGUAGAUUCAGAGCUCAAAACGACAUGACGUAUCAAAGUUUGUAUAUCAGAUCCCACGAGAGCGCGUCCGUCCUUAUCAUAUAGUUCACCUUUAUCAUUCCAGAGUAAUGAUCCUUUUUCAAACUGAUCCUUUACAAACAUCCACAAAGCCAUUAAU